GGAAAAUAUAUGAAAAAGAAGAAGAAGAUGGAAGCUCUAUUGUGCAAGAGAUUGGGCGAUCCAGCAUCAGAAUCACCCUCAGUGGGCAAUGAUUCGGAUUCGUCCCCAUCUCCCAUUGAGGUCAUCAGAAACUAUCCCAUCCCAGAAUUGGACUCUCCAACUGCAGUGAGAGUCAAAGUCAAAGCCACCAGCUUGAACUACGGAAAUUACCUUCAGAUAUUGGGCAAGUACCAAGAGAAGCCUCCCCUCCCUUUCAUACCGGGCUCUGAUUAUGCCGGAACUGUCGAAGCCGUAGGCCCCGCCGUCACCAAGUUCAAGGUGGGCGACCCCGUCUGCUCCGUUGCCGAUUUAGGCACCUACGCCUCCUUCGUCGUCCAAGACCAAUCCCUCCUGUUUGGGUUGCCCAAAGGGUGUGAUCUGGUGGCAGCUGCUGCACUCCCUGUCGCCUUUGGGACCUCUCAUGUAGCUCUUGUUCACAGGGCUAACCUGACCUCCUCUCAGGUAUUGCUAGUUCUUGGUGCCGCCGGAGGCGUUGGCGUUUCUGCUGUUCAAAUUGGCAAGGUUUGCGGCGCAGUUGUCAUUGCUGUUGCCAGGGGAGCUGAAAAGGUGCAGUUUUUAAAGUCCUUGGGUGUUGAUCACGUGGUAGACUUGACUGAUCAAAAUCUAACUGCAAGUGUGAAGGAGUUCCUCAAGUCAAGGGACCUCAAAGGGGUUGAUGUUCUCUAUGAUCCUGUUGGUGGCAAGCUUACUAAAGAAGCUAUGAAGCUCUUGAAUUGGGGUGCACAAAUUCUUGUCAUCGGAUUCGCCAGUGGUGAAAUCCCUGUGAUCCCAGCAAAUAUCACUCUUGUUAAGAACUGGACUGUGCAUGGACUGUACUGCGGUAGCUACAGGAUACAUCGACCAGCUGUGCUCGAGGAUUCCAUCCGGGAGUUGAUCUCCUGGAUGCAAAAGGGCUUAAUUACCGUUCACAUUUCUCAAACGUAUAGCCUAACAGAGGCCAACCUUGCAUUCUCUGCAAUUAAAGAUAGAAGAGUAAUAGGGAAAGUGAUGAUUGCAUUUGAUGAUAAGCGAAGCUCUAUGCUUUAAGUGAUUGAGAUCUACCCUCGCUUGAAUCGCAUGCUCGAAUCAAAUAUGGUGUUAAAAAUAAAAGGAAAAAUGGAAAUAAUAAGGGUGUCCAUGGUUGGCCCUUCUUUGUUUACUUUCAAUUGUGUUCACGUGUUAUUGGUAUUUGUUAGACUGGUGAACUCUCUGGAGUUGCUUAUAGUAUGUAGGGAAAUGGGUGAGUAAUUCCAAGGGAACCGAAUGUAUCAGUUAUCACUCGUUGUUUCCCAAAUUAAGACUACCAAACGGUACCCAAUUCUUUGGACUUGUAUGGAUACAUUAUUUUUUCCAGAAAGGAAAAAACACGUUUUAAUAUUAUUGGAGAUUGU